AGUUAAAUAAUUUCAAAGACUGCCGGCUACAAAAAUCCAUCUCCGUACAAAACCCAAAAACAAAAUGAUGGGCGAACAUUGAUAGGUUAUAUUAAGGGUUAGUUGUUUCUUUUUCUGUCUGAUUAUUAUAAGUUUUAUUGAAUUUGGAAUUUAUUCUCUUAAAUUAUUAGAAAUAAAAAAAGUUGCGAUUUUUAUAGGAUCUUGUUCGUGGGUAUAGUCAAAUUGUUUGAGUUUCACUUUGUUUUGUCAAACCCUUGAAUUGUUUCUCAAUUUUUGUUUGUUGGCUUGAGUUGGAUUCAUGAGUUCUGAGUUGCACACCAAGUGUUUGAUAAAAGUCCUCUGAGAGUUUGUGUGUUUUUGGGGGUGUUUUUUUGCUUAGUGAAAUCAUGGGUUUUGGCUUGUAUAAAAAGGGUUCGUUGGAAAUCCUUUUUUAGUUUGGUUUAGUGUGUUUUUUUAAAGUUUAUGGGAGGGUGUGAUCAUAUGAUGGAAGUAGUGGAAGAAAGGAGCUUGAUUGAUGCUGCUAAGCUUAUUAUGACAGCAUUGGAUUCUAACAAAAAGAUAAGUAAAGAAACAAGGAAAGUUUUGGCGGAUUUAGGGACGAGGUUGAAUUCGAUGGUGAAGUUCGGUUUAAGUGAAGAUGAGAAUGAAGAAGAGGAAGAGGGAGAGCUUGAUGGUAUUAAAGAACGGAUUGGUUCGAUUCAGGAAAAGAUCAUGGCUUGGGAAGGUGAUGAUGAAGCUAUGAUUUGGGAUUGUGAUCCUGAAGAAGCUAAGGAGUAUGUAAAGACGGUGGAUGAAGCUCGUAGAUUGGCUGAAAGUUUAGAGAGUUUAAAUCUUAGUAAAGAUGACAAUGGCCUUCUGAGAAAUGUUAACAGUGUUAUUCAGACAUCUAUGGCUAGGAUAGAAGAAGAGUUUAGGCAUAUGCUUGUUAAUAAUCGGCAAACCAUAGAGCCUGAACAUUUAUCUUUUCGUUCUACUGAAGAUGAUGGUCUUGAUGAGCACUCAAUUGUUUCAUUUGGGGACGAUUCAGUAGAUGAUUCUAUUCAGAGAGAUAGUGUUAGCCGUGGAGCAGAGGUUUUCAUUAUGGAUUUGAUUAAUCCUCAAGUGAUUCCGGAUUUGAAAUGCAUUGCUAAUUUGAUGCUUGAUUCGAAUUAUGGUCGAGAAUGUUCUCAAGCAUUUAUCAGUGCACGUAAAGACGCGUUAGAUGAUUGUCUGUUCAUUCUUGAAGUUGAAAAGUUGAGUAUUGAAGAUGUUAUGAAAAUGGAAUGGGUUGCAUUAAACUCGAAAAUUAGGAGAUGGACAAAGGCGAUUAGGAUCUUUGUACGGGUCUAUCUUGCUAGUGAGAAGUUCUUGUGUGAGCAGAUUUUUGGUGAAACCGAACCCGUGAGUUCAAUAUGUUUUUUUGAGUCAUCAAAAGCUUCUAUGUUGCAGCUUUUGAACUUUGCAGAAGCUAUCGCUAUCGGGCCUCACCAGCCCGAGAAACUUCUCAGGAUUCUCGACAUGUAUGAAGUAUUGUCAGACCUUAUGCCAGAUAUCGAAGGUCUGUAUUCUGAUGAAAGUGGUUCCUACAUUAGGAUCGAGUGCCAAGACGUCUUGACGCGGGUUGGUGACUGUGUAAAAGCGACAUUUAUAGAGUUCGAGAAUGCAGUUGGGUCGAACACAUCAAAUAGUGCUUUCCCUGGAGGGGGGAACCACCAUCUCACCCGUUAUGUCAUGAACUACUUUAGAACCCUAACCGAUUACAGUGAUUCAUUAAAUGCUUGCUUGAAAGACCAAGAUCGAGUUGCAGACGAUCAAGAUUCUUCAACUUCACCCGAUGCUAGCCCUGGGAAGAACGACGAAAACAAUAACUCGUCUUCAUCACCAAUGGCCAUACAUUUCAGAUCACUAAUGUCUAUUCUUGAAUGCAACCUCGAGGAAAAAUCAAAGUUAUACAAAGACGAAGCUUUGCGACACCUUUUUAUGAUGAACAACAUCAAUUACAUGGCUGAAAAGGUGAAAAAUUCAGAGCUAAGAAACGUUCUUGGAGAUGAUUGGAUUAGAAAACGUAACUGGAAAUUCCAGCAAUACGCCAUGAGCUAUGAACGGGCCACUUGGAGCUCCAUACUGAAUUUACUUACAGAAGACGGUUUUUCUAAUUCAGGUAGUUCUGGCUCAACCUCCAGGACUCUACUCAGGGAGAGGCUGCAAGCCUUUUAUGCUGCCUUUGAAGAGAUAUACAAAAAUCAAACUGGAUGGACAGUACCGAAUACUCAACUGCGCGAAGAUGUGAAGAUCUCGAUGUCGCUCAAGGUGAUUCAAGCUUACCGAACUUUCAUUGGUAGGCACACCAAUAGUAUUAGUGAGAAGUAUAUCAAGUAUACAGCUGAUGAUCUGGAGAAUUAUAUCUUGGAUCUGUUUGAAGGAACUCCAAAAUCAUUGCACAACUCCUAUCGAAAGUAAUAUUAAUGGUUUUUGAAAGUGUUAUAUCUUUGGUUCGGGUUAGUAGACCAAACCCAUGGAAGGAAGAGGACUGUUGGGUCACGCUCUGGGAAAGAGAAAGAAGAGAGGGGGGAGGGGGUUAUGGGUUCAUUUAUCUCCUAUUACUCAUUAGUUAGCUCGAACCAAAUUCAAGAUUUGGGUCCGAGCAUACCCUUAUUUUGUAACAUAAUUAUUUAUAUAUAGAUAUCAGAAAUGUUAUGUAA